ACGCUUUUAUUAUUAGUACUAACCAUGUAUAUUUUUCUGUUAUGUAUAUUUUCUUUACCAAUAAUUAUUUCAACAGAAAAUCAUACACAGGGUGAACACACAUGUGGACGGCCUCUAGGCACAGAAUUCGUGUUGAAAAGUGAUAGAAUAGUUGCAGGGUACGACGUAGGGUACUACAGGUACCCCUGGUACGCAGCCCUCAUCAGACAGAAGCAAGUAAGCUGUGGGGGAGCCCUGAUAGGACCAAAAACUAUUCUCACAGCUGCUCAUUGUUUCAGAGAGUUUCUAGAAACAAAUAAAUCUACAAUAAAACUAGAAGACGUUUAUACAGUCAAACUAGGACUGUACAACAUAUGCACAUCAGAACCGACAGUUACAGAAUUUAAAGUCCAAAAAGUACAAGUACACGAACUAUACCUAAGUAAAAAGCCAUACUUUGAUAUUUGCUUACUAACUUUGACCAACAGUACUGAAAAGUACCAUCCAAUCUGUCUGCCCAGUGCAACAUUAACAAAGAAGCCCAAAGAAGGCACUGUACCCGGAAUGGGUACCUUAAAGUACCAAGGACCCAUGCCCUGUACUUUGCACGAAGCCCGUUUGCUUAUUUACCCUGAUGAUGAGUGCAGGAAAAUGAUCAAAACGACGGGUAACAAUGAUACAGCGAUGAAAAAUGCGUUUUGCGCUGGUUAUAUGACCGGAGGUACUGAUACUUGUCAGGGUGAUAGUGGAGGUCCAUUACAGAUAUUGGAUGAAAACGGCAAUUUUGUAUUAAUAGGGAUCGUUUCCUUUGGUUUCCACUGUGCUGUGCCUGGAUAUUUAGGUCUAUACACGGACACUUCCCAAUAUAUAAAUUGGAUUAAAGAAAAAAGCGGAUUAGACUUAAAUUUCUUACAUUCUCUAGCCCAUAACGACUCUAGUGCGCCUCAUCAUCAAUAUUUUAACAAUUCAGACGAAUCUGUUGAAUCUUCUGAAUCUGGUCCGAAAAAGAAGAAAAAACAUUUGAAUCAUGAACACCCAUACAAAGCACCAAUAAGAAUCAUUAUUUUAAGAGACAGCGGCCUGGUGAGCGUCAAGAAAUCAAUGGUGCACUAUCCUGUGAAAAGAAGAAACAAAAAUCCCACUUAAGUUUAUAGUUUUUCGAAAAUAAAAUGUUUUGAUAAAAUCCAGUACUUUUUCAUACGCCCCCAGUAAUUCGACGAAAUUGUUUCGAUUAGUUUCCUCAAAAUUCCACUCUGGUGGCGCCACUAUCCGUUUCCAUUUCGCGUAGAUGAAGUUGUCGUAAGCGUGGCUAAUCAAGGCACAAAAAGG